AUGGGGGCUCUUUUCACCCGGCUGUUUGAUCGUCUCUUCGGUAAGAAGGAAAUGCGUAUCCUCAUGGUUGGACUCGACGCGGCCGGAAAGACAACUAUUCUUUAUAAGUUGAAGUUGGGUGAGAUCGUCACGACUAUCCCCACCAUCGGAUUCAAUGUUGAAACAGUGGAAUACAAGAACGUGAACUUCACCGUAUGGGAUGUUGGCGGUCAGGACAAAAUCCGACCUCUCUGGCGUCACUACUUCCAAAACACUCAAGGUCUCAUUUUUGUCGUCGACAGCAAUGAUCGGGAGCGCUUAGUUGAAGCACGAAAUGAACUUAACCGGAUGCUUAGCGAGGACGAGCUUCGUGAUGCCGUUCUUCUUGUGUUUGCCAAUAAACAGGACCUCCCCAACGCCUGUCCAGCCAGUGAGAUGACGCAGAAGCUUGGCCUGAAUUCGCUCAAGAAUCGCCAGUGGUUUAUUCAAGCAACUUGCGCUACCACAGGAACCGGUCUCUAUGAGGGUCUCGAUUGGAUGGCGAAGGCUUUAGCGGAGAAGAGUCGAUAA